AUGAGCUACUCGUACAAUCCGCAGUACGCCUACAGCCCUUACAGUCCCCAACCCAGUAGCUUUGGUUCGAGCGCUUCCUACUUUUCACCGAAGCAGCGGCUCAAUACUUUGUUUACUGUUCAUGCUGGAUUCUCAAUUGUGAUUGGUAUCUUGGGGUAUCUCUUUCCGAGAAUGGCAGGGGUUUUCUUCUUGACGGAAAAUAAUCGCGAAUAUGCAGUGGCUCGAGCUAUUUUGCGACCCUACUGUUCUCUCAUUUUGGCACAAGGAUUAAUGAUUUGGCGGGCACGUAAGAUUCAUGAUGGUGAAAUUAAGCGAGCCUUUGUCCAGGCCUACUUUGUGUGUUUCUUAUUGUCCACAAUAUCACUGAUGCUCGAGCACAUUCAAAAUUCAGGAGUCUUGUCGGGUAAAUUCUUUGGAACACUCAAGAUUUUGGCCAUGAUUGCUUUGACGGUUGGUUAUGGUUGGUUCACCUUUUUCCAACCACCAUCUGUAUUUAGUGGGUUGGGUACUACCAGAUCGCAUUUUCAAUAA